CCCACUCUCAGAUCCUCAUCCAACGCCGGUCCAUACGUUUUAUACCCUCCCGCCUCCGCCUCGACUUCCCGCUCCUUCCCCCCCCCGAAUAGUCCGCCGCCCAUCAGAAGCUCCCUUGGCCGAAUACCCAAGAGAGCGUUCUAUCCGAUCGACACCCGCCCAUCAUGAGACCCAUCCUCCUCGCUGGGCACGAGCGUGCGCUCACCCAAAUUCGAUACAACCUCGACGGCGAUGUCAUCUUCUCCGUCGCAAAGGAUCAGCACAUUUGCGCCUGGUGGUCCCACAACGGCGAGCGCAUCGGAACCUACCACGGCCACGUCGGUGCCAUCUGGACCGUCGAUGUCGACCCCACGACGACCAUGAUCGCCUCGGGCGCCGCCGAUAACACGAUCCGUCUGUGGGAAGUCAAGACGGGCCGCUGCCUCAAGGUCUGGGAGUUCCCCACGGCCGUCAAGCGUGUCGAGUUCAACGAGGACGGCACCAAGCUGCUGGGCGUCACCGAGAAGCGCAUGGGCUACCUGAGCAACAUUGUCGUCAUGGAGAUCAACCCCGACGUCAACGCCGAGCAGAGCGACGAGAAGCUCCUCACCAUCGUUUGCGACGAGAGCAAGGCAACCGUCGCCGGCUGGAGCGCGCUCGACAAGUACAUCAUUGCUGGCCACGAGGACGGCAGCGUCUCCCAGUACGACGGCAAGAACGGCGACAUGCUGGACAACGUGCCCAUCCACGAGCUCAACCAGCCCAUUGUCGACCUCCAGUGGUCGACAGACCGAACCUACUUCAUCACCGCCUGCAAGGACAAGACUGCCAAGCUCGUCGAUGCUCGCGACCUCACGGUCAUGAAGACCUACCCCGCCGACACGCCCCUCAACAGCGCCACCAUCACGCCCAAGAAGGACUUUGUCAUUCUCGGCGGUGGUCAGGCCGCCAUGGACGUCACCACGACCGCCGCCCGCCAGGGCAAGUUCGAGGCCCGUUUCUACCACAAGAUCUUCGAGGAUGAGAUCGGCCGUGUCCGUGGCCACUUCGGCCCCCUCAACACCGUCGCCGCCGACCCCACCGGCAAGAGCUACGCGAGCGGCGGAGAAGACGGCUACGUCCGCGUUCACCACUUCGACAAGGGUUACUUUGACUUCAUGUACGAGGUCGAGAGGGAACGCGCGAACCGGAUGCAGUAGACGGUUCCGUGCCCCACGUGAACCGGAACCUAUUGCGUUGUCUCUCCACGCUCUCCCGAACGCGCAAGUCCGACGGCCCUUCCUUUCCUUGACAGGCCGGAACCCAGUCUCCACCCCAUCAACACCACUCGACUUUGAGGGGCACGGUAUCGACGGCGAGGAGAGAAAAAUGGGGAGGUGCCAGGACUGCGCACGCCGGAGGGCAGAGAGCGUCGUCUUUUCCUGUCUGCUUGCAUAGUACGGCGUUUUGGGGAAGGAAAGGAAAUCCAUUCGAAGGAAAUGCUCUUGAGGACCGUGCCACCGAAUGGGAGAGCUCUUUGUUUGCUCUCUUUGUCGAUGGCAGCCAGCGCACGACGCGGAGGCGCGUCAUCCGACGACGAAAGGAAAAGGGCAGCCAGGAGGCGGGUAUGGGGAGGUCUUAGGGGGAACCGGCUGUCGUCGAGCGCGCGCGCUUGUUCUCCGUCGGCGAGGCAAAACAGGAGACCGACUGGUGGGUGGCUAUGGACGACGGAAUGACUAGUUAGGUAGUGUGGGAAUUCAAGUAUCACUCGGGCAACACCAUCACCGCUUAGACAUGGCAAGCUGUCACACUCGAAUGAUGCCUCCGCGUCUCUCAUGUAUCACCACCAGAGUCGCUCCGACGCUAUUGUUGAAAGUCAG